AUGGCCUCGUCAAAGUCGUUUGGCAGCGCUCCAGCUGGUGCUGAUACAGGAACGAGCUCAGGGGGCGUCGGCGUUUCCAACUACGUUGAGGAAAAAGCGAAAUGUGCCGCAUUUCUGUUAAACUUUACGUCGAAUCUGGAUGAGCCCGCGCUGGGCCCCAAGUACGUGCGGAUGAUGCAAGAGGUGGCGAAUCGGGAACGAACGUCGAUAGCCAUUUCGCUGGACGACUUGCAAAUUUAUGAAAACGACGACCCGACGUUCGUGGCGCGCAUCGUCCGCAACGCUCGACGAUACAUUUCGCUCUUUUCGGACGCAGUGGACGAGAAUCUGCCACCUCCAACACGCGAUAUCUCGGACUUUCAAGACGUGCUGGACGUCCUGCGAAUCACUCGUGCCCAGGAAAUGGCUCAGCAGAGUCAACCAACCGACAGUGAUGUAGACGGCAGCCACGCAACGGCUCGAAGUGCCGUACACGUGUUUCCGCCUGCUCUGAUGCGGCGAUUCGAAGUGCAUUUGAUUCCUGGUGUCAAGCUGAAAGCUGUGCCGAUUCGAGAAGUCAAGGCAGCAAAAGUUGGAGCGCUUGUGCGCGUCAAGGGAAUGGUGACUCGAGUGUCGACUGUAAAGCCGCUGUUGACAGUCGCGACGUACACGUGCGAAGCAUGUGCGUACGAAGUGUACCAAGAAGUCAAGGCUCGGCAGUUUAACCCACUGACACAAUGUCCGAGUGAACGAUGUCAAACAAACAGAGCUCAGGGCCGGUUGAUCAUGCAGACAAAAGCCUCCAAGUUUGACAAGUAUCAGGAAGUCAAGUUUCAGGAACUUCCCGAUCAAGUGCCAAUGGGCCAUAUUCCUCGAUCACUUACCGUGUACCUGCGAGGCGAGCUCACGCGAACGUGCGAGCCUGGUGCUUUGGUGACAAUCUGCGGUGUAUUCUUGCCUCUACCGUACUCGCCUCAACGACAGAUGCAAAUGGGUCUUGUUACCGAAACUUACUUGGAAGCGACUGAUGUGGUGAAUCACAAGAAGCGGUACUCUGCUAUGGAAUCGUCAGAGGCAAUGGAGAGCGCUGUUCUGCGGUUGCAGGAAGGCUCGGAGAAUGUCUACGAGGUGCUAUCACAGUCGCUGGCACCAGAAAUCUACGGUCACGAGGACGUGAAGAAAGCGCUCUUGUUGCUGCUGAUUGGCGGCGUCACAAAGCGUAUGGAUGAGGGUAUGCGGCUACGUGGCGAUCUCAAUGUGUUGCUCAUGGGCGACCCUGGUGUCGCAAAGUCGCAGUUGCUGAAGCACAUUGCAAUCGUCGCCCCACGAGGCGUUUACACGACCGGCAAAGGUAGUUCUGGUGUUGGAUUGACCGCUGCGGUAGUGCGCGAUGCAACGACAAAGGAGAUGACACUCGAGGGAGGUGCGCUUGUCUUGGCGGAUAUGGGCGUCUGUUGCAUCGAUGAGUUCGAUAAGAUGGAGGAAGGCGAUCGAACGGCUAUUCACGAGGUCAUGGAGCAGCAGACCGUGAGCAUUGCAAAGGCAGGCAUUACAACGACGCUGAAUGCGCGCACGUCCGUGCUUGCAGCUGCGAAUCCGAUAUACGGUCGCUACAACAAGAAGCUCAGUGCUUCGCAGAACAUCAACCUCCCGAACGCGCUGCUGUCUCGCUUCGACCUCUUGUUCUUGUUGCUGGACGUCGCGAAUUACGAAAAAGAUGAAGCGCUUGCGCGCCACGUCACGUAUGUCCACCGCUAUUGCCGCAAUCCCGAGAUGAAGUUUGAGCCCGUGCGACCGGAAGUCUUGCGCUACUUUAUUGCCAUUGCCAAGCAGUACCAGCCCAGCAUCCCCGAGCAUCUGUGUGGCUAUAUCGUUGAAGCAUAUGUCACUCUGCGCCAGCAGGAUGUUAACGAACAUGCCCGUGAACGACAGCAGCAGCAAUCUCGUCAACAGCAUUACGGCAACGGUGGCGCCAAUGACGCCCAAACGGCCAUGACGGCCCGUCAGCUGCUGAGCAUUUUGCGACUCUCGCAAGCACUCGCACGAUUGCGUUUCUCCACGGAAGUGAUUCACCAGGAUGUCGAUGAGGCCAUUCGACUGGUGUACGUGUCCAAGGCCUCCUUGUCGGAGCAAGACGACGCCAAUGGUAUUGGGACCAAUGGCAAAACGGGCACGAUGAACAGAGGCGGUCGUAGCAGCUCUGAUGCCACGUCCAAGAUCUUCCGUUUGCUGCUGGAGUUCGCCACGGAUCGCAACCUCAAAGUCCUCGCCAUGAGUGAUGUGGAGCCGAUUGUGCUACGCAAGGGCUUUACUGCUCAGCAACUGAAUGCCUGCAUCGAUUUCUACCAGCAAUUGGAGGUCAUGCAAUUGUCGUGCAACGGCACGCGGCUCACCCUCAUCUAG